UUUGUUGAACUUUUCUGUUCUGUAUUUCAUCAUACAAAUGUUAAUUAUAUUUUAUGAACCUUGACUAUUAGAAAAUAUCCUGCUUGACUAGAAUGAGAGCAUACAUAAUAUAUAUGGGAUAACUAAGGCUAAACACGGUUUCUGAAAAGAGCCACCUAUAAUAUUAGCCAUCUAAAAGUUAGUAGUGCUGGCUUGAGGGGUUACAUUGGAAAAAUUCUAAGAUUGAAAUAGUCUUAAACUCAAAUUCUAAGAUUAAUAAUGCCAGGACAACGUUCUUUCAUUUCCUAAUGAUAUUCUGGAAAAUCUAUCAUGCAACACAACAUCUCCAUUGGAAAUGUACUAGUUCAAGAGUUAAAUGUGGUUUACUCAGAUCCUUUUCUUGGACACACAAUUGAAAGUUCUAUGGAGGAAAUUAGUUCUUGGACUGGCAUAUAAUUUAAAGUAUUAAUUUCUAAUGGCAUAUGUUUGACUCAAAACAAUGUAUAGUUUCUUCUAGUCUAACAAGCUACUCAUUUGAUCAUUUCACAAUUUCCUCUUCCAUCUAUCCCUUUUACUCUUUCCACAAUGAAAACUACAUGAUUUUUGUUUUCCUAAUGCAAUCAACCUAUUAUCUUACCUCCCGAUUAUCACUAACCAAUUUGCAAUGAUGUAAUCAAAACAGGUAGCAACUUCAUAGAAUAUUUGAAAGGUUGAUUUUUGGAGAUUACAUAGAUUAUUUAACUACUAGGCAAUUUUUUUGGUAAUUCUUUUACUUCCACUCUCUAGCAACCUUGAGCAGCUAAAUAUGUUAGAAGAUAUAACUAAACUUAUAUGAACAGGACUUGUCUUAAAGGAGUUUUUCUAUUUCCGUCAUUAAUGAAUAAUUCUUUUGGCCACAUUCUGAAAAGUUUCAAAGAUGUCCCCUUUUUCUAAUCAAAUCUUAAUUUGUGUCAGUAGGAAUUACAUCUAAUUUAGAGUAUGUACAAAAAAGGGUGUCUGGAAAAUUUCCCCUAUUUCCUAUCCUUUAUUUCAAAUAAUAAUUUUUAAGGGACAAAAUGCUGCAAAGCUUGAAAGAAGGGCCACAUUUUUAUUAAAUUGCAAAUGAUAUUACCUUGGUUUCACUUUAUCUGAUGAAAUGCUAAAACAUAGCUUAAGAUAUAGAAUACUUAUCUGCAAGUUUCCCCUGUGCAUCAAAUUGUAAGUGUGUUUUACAAUUUUUAGAAGCCAGUCUAACUUUGUAAAAGCUAUGCAACAAGACAGAAUGUUCUUUUUACAUGGCAUAAUUGGUUAUAAAAGGUUACAUAAUUUUCUUAUCUAAUCCAGGGCAAUAAAAUACAUCUUAUCGCAUACAUCUUAUCGCAUAUCUUUAAACGGCUGCAUAAUUAAUGAUUGUUUUAGACAAUAAAUGAGUGAAACGCAUUUGAGAAGUGUCUAGUCAGCAAAGACAAGGGCCACAUUGUCCUGGUUGGCAUUUUGACAUUUUAAGAUUUUUUUGGUGCUUAAUACUAUUUUCUUGAUUAUUUUUACGGGACAAUUUAAUUGCAGUCAUUGUAGGGAAGUUCUAUUUAACCACAGAGUGGAAGCCCUGUUCAACAUCAAGAUACAGUAGGUCUACCCUUGACUGACCAAUUUGCAUAGCUGUCUGGGUUUCAGACCAAUUCGCAUAGCUGUCACUGGCUUUCAGACCAAUUUCGUGUUGCGGUCAGAGGCUUUCAGAUUGGUUUCGUAUUGUAGUCAUGCAGUUUGAAUUAUUCAGUGUCUCUAACUCUCGCUCCCAUUACGACUUCAGAUUUUCCUAAUCUAGUGUCCUUUGGAAUCAAUUCUCCUAUUCUUGUCAGAAAAUGUAGCUUGAAUUCUUUUAUCGAUUUCAGAUAUUCACUGCAUUUUUUAUUAUUUCAAGUUGUAGAAAUGUUUCAUAGAUUUAUAUACCAUUUUCUACUGCAGUUAUCACAGGCGGCUCAUACGAAUCUAUAAAAAAUCGCACAUCAAUAAUUUAGGGCUGAUUUCUAUACCACAAUUGAAGGUUCUGCUUUACAAACUCAACAAGAAGAAACAUGUCAUCAUGCUCUCCAAGAGAGUUAGGGACUAAGUUGUCACAAUCAAGUACGGAUUUGAUUGCAACUGGUGGGCAGGAUGGUGGAAAUACAACAUUAUACUCUCAAAGAGCAACGGAAACUGAAGCAGUGGACGUUGUUGUGAAUUUGAAUGCAAGUCAUGGACAAGGUGAAACCACACCAUUAUGCACUCCAAUAGCAAUGGAAUCUAAAAUGAUUGUCUCAGACGAGGAUUUCACUGCUGGAAACACCACAUUAAGCGCUCCAAGUGCAAUGGAAACUGUGAAUGUAGAGUCAAGUGGAGGGUUGAAUGCAAGACAUGGACAGGGUUCUGAACAAGAUGAAACCAUAAAAUUAGGCACUCCAAGUGAAAUGGAGACCAAAAUGAUAGUCUUAUGUGAGGAUUUGGCUGUUGGAAAGACCUCAUUAAGCACUCUAAGCGCAAUAGAGAUUGUAACUGUUGAGUCUAGUGGGGACAUGAUUGCUGGAAAGACAACCUCAGGCACCACUCCAAGAGUAGUGGAGAUGGAAUUGGUGGAUGCAGGUGGAGAUUCAAUUGCAGAACAAAAUCAGUGGACAUUGUCACAAUCAAGUACAGAUUUGAUUGCAACAGGUGGGAAGGAUGGUGGAAAUACAACAUCAUACUCUCAAAGAGCAAUGGAAACUGAAACAGUGGACGUUGUUGUGAAUUUGAAUGCAAGUCAUGGACAAGGAGAAACUACACCAUUAGGCACUCCAAUAGUAAUGGAAGCUAAAAUGAUUGUCUCAGACGAGGAUUUCUCUGCUGGAAACACCACAUUAAGCACUCCAAGUGCAAUGGAAACUAUGAAUGUUGAGUCAAGUGGAGGGUUGAAUGCAAGACAUGCACAGGGUUUUGAACAAGAUGAAACCGUAAAAUUUGGCACUCCAAGUGAAAUGGAGACCAAAAUGAUAGUCUUAAGUGAGGAUUUGGCUGUUGGAAAGACCUCAUUAAGCACUCUAAGUGCAAUAGAGAUUGUAACUGUUGAGUCUAGUGGGGACAUGAUUGCUGGAAAGACAACCUUAGGCACCACUCCAAGAGCAGUGGAGAUGGAAUUGGUGGAUGCAGGUGCAGAUUCAAUUGUAGAACAAAAUCAGGAUCAUGGACAAGGCAACAAGACAAAAUUUAGCAUUUCAAGGGAAAAAGAGACAGAAACAGUGGUCUUUAGGGCUGAUUUGAUGGAAACGCUUAAGCCAAUCUUUGGAAAAGGUGGAAAUAGAACAUCAGGCACUCCAAGGGCAGUGAAGAAUAAAAUGGCAAAGACAAACGUGGAGUCAAUUACUAGAUGCAAAAGGGUUUGUGAACGAGGUGUAAUAGAAAAAGGUCCAUCAUCACCUGAAGGAAAAGCUAUAGACAAGAAAAGAGAGUCACCUUUUCCUGAAAGAGCAAGUUCAUCUAAACGAGGUGCUAGAAGAGGCAUGCAGGGUACAUUGAACCAACCUACUCAGAAGAGGGCAAGAGUACAAGAAAAAAACAACGAAAUUUGUGAUCCUAGACCAAAAUCAAUAAUGGAAGAAGGUCCAUCAUCAUCACCCGAAAGACAAGCAACAAACAACGAAAGAGGUUCACUUUGGCUUGAAAGAGUUAGGUCAUGUAAACGAGGCACAAAAAGGGGCAUGCAGGAUACGUCAAGCCAACCUACUCAGAAGAGGGUGAGAAUAGUAGAACAAAACGAAGAAGUUAAUGAUCCUGGACCAAACUCAAUAAUGGAAAUUAGUCCAUCAUCACUUGAAAGACAAGCAGCAAACAAGAAAAGAGGUUCACCUUCAUCUGAUAGAGUAAGGUCAUGUAAGAAAACAACGUUUUUAUGGUUGAUAGACUCUAAGAUUAUUAAGGAAGAUGAACGAGUAAGCUAUAGGAGUGCCUCAAUUGAAAAGCCAUUAGCAGGAAGGAUUACUAGGGGUGGAAUUCUCUGCAGCUGUUGCCAGGAGGAGAUAUCAAUGUGGACCUUUGAGAGCCAUGCUGGAAGUACUCUUAGACAGCCCUAUAAACAUAUUUACAUUCACAGAAAACGCAAAACCCUCCGAAGAUGCAUGAUUGAUGUUUGGCAACAUGCCCGGGAACAAAAGCGUCGGCGGAUGUUUUUGUAUGCGCCGAAAGAAACUGAUGCAGACCAAGAUGAUGACGUUUGUUCAGUCUGUGGUGAUGGGGGAGACUUAAUCUGCUGUGACAGGUGUCCUUCCACAUAUCAUCUAUCUUGCAUAAAUAUAGAGACGGUUCCCCAAAAUGAUUGGUUUUGUCCAUAUUGUGUAUGCAAAUACUGUGGGCUGGUUGUGGACCUGGUUGUUGAGAAAAAAAGAUACUAUGAGAAAAAAGAAGGCUUCAAGUGCUCCCAAUGUGACAGGAAGUAUCAUUGGGAGUGCUUUGAAAAAUAUGAAAAAGAUUCCUCAAAACAAACUAAACCUUCAAGAUCAUAUUGUGGGCGAGGUUGCCAAGGGAUAUAUGCAAAAAUGGGAGUACAUCUCGGAAUCAGAAAGGAUUAUUCGGCAAAAUACUCUUGGAGGGUUAUCCGCCUAAUGGAGACAUACAAGAACAAUCCUGCAUAUAUAAAUCUAUUCUUAGAAAACAAUUCAAAGGUUGCAGUUACUUGGAUGUUAAUGAAUGAAGCUUUUGAGAAAAUAACUGACAGGAAAACAGGCAUCAAUGUGGUUCGAAGUAUUGUUUACAGCUGCAAGUCAAACUUAUCCAGGAUUGAUUUUAGCCGUUUUUAUAUGUUUGUUCUGGAGGAAGAUGAUGCGAUAAUUGCUGCAGCUUCUAUAAGAUUUCACGGGUCAAGGAUUGCAGAAAUGCCACUUAUUGCAACAGAUAUGGCACGCAGGGGCCAAGGAGUUUGCAAGGAAUUAAUGAGGGUGAUUGAAUCGUUCCUGUGCAAUCUUAAAGUCAAAAACUUGAUAAUUCCAUCUGCUGUGGAGACUUGUGAUAUGUGGAAGCGCAAGUACAACUUUACUGAGGUGAGCGAAGAGCUGAAGAAAGAAAUAUCCUCCUAUAAAAUUGUAAUGUUCCCUGGUGCUGUUAGACUGUACAAGGACUUGUCAGCAAGCAUAGCAGAAAUUGAGAUUGACCUGGAACCACAAACAGAGCAUGCAGAGGUUACUGCUAGACUUGAGCAUGAAUCCUCUCACCAGGAAGAUUAGUAGAAGUGAAACAGUGGUAGGGAUCGUAGGUUCAUACUCUGGCUGAUACAAAGAAACUCAAGGCUUAAAUCUUAGAAGGGCGGCCCUUCCAAAAAUUAUUGGUGACUAUUGAAUGCUACCAUUUUUUAACCUUGAUUGGUAAAUUAGACUUACUUUUGGACUAAUAAGGUAUAUUUGUUUUAUCUAAACAUUGUUUCAUGGUGUCAGAACUUGACAACCUGGCCCAGGAUUUCAAAAAUUGCAGUUGACUUCGGUCAACUCAACCCAAGUCUCUGAUAUAGGAUUUCAAUUACAAAAAUAAAGUCUUAUCUCAUUAAGUGAUGUAUGUUACAUUGGUUGCUAUUGA